AUGGACGCAGAUGAAGUCUCCGUGGGUUUGGAGAAGGUUGGACUGGGAGAGAACAUUAAUAUCUACAUUAAAGAGGUACCAGUGAGCUACAUCAAAUCACCGCAGGUGAUAGUUGGCAUGUGGGAAACUGUUAACCCAAAGUUUGCCAUACACCUUGGAAUGGCCCCGGGCUCUAGAGGCAUCUCUCUGGAGCAGACAGGCAAGAACCAUGGUUACAGAGAUAGAGAUGUGUGUGCCUUUUGUCCUGUUAAUCAUUGCUGCAUUGAGGGAGGAUCAGAUAGCCUAGACUCAAUCAUAGACAUGAGGUCCCUUUCCAAGGACCUCAAACAAAUGGGUCUGGAGGUCAUCUACUCAAGGGACGCAGGAAGGUGUGCCGUUCCCCUCACAGCUCCGUGCUCUCUGCACCAUGGCCAUGGGAGGGCAGCCUUCAUCCAUGUGCCAGCCUCAGGCAGCCUGGCCACUCCUGAAAGACUGGUACCACUGCUGCAGACUGUUAUUCAGGCCAUGCUCAACCAGCUGGAGGCCCUACAAACAGCCAAAGACCACAUGACAACUGUCUCCAAGACUCCCGAAGACCCAACCAUGGCUACCUCAGGCUUAGUGCACACAGGAGAUGAUCCAUGACUGGUUAGAUCAUCCCACUCGUAUUGUUACUAUUCAUACUGUAACAAUGUGUUGUAAACAGUAAGUCAUUCUGCUAAAUAUACAAGUAUGGAAUAUAGUCAGGUAUGUUGAGAUGUGGAUAAUGUAUAACUCAUAAGCAAUCAGUCAUGACAGCAAGUCAUCAUUCUCAUUCACUUUUUUAUUCAAAUCUUAAGAAAAAAAUACAAGAAAUUCUCAUAGAUAUACAUUAAGAGAAUGGCAUGUCAAAAAUACACCAUCUCAACUAUACGUGUGAAAAACCAGGAGGCCUCAGAUACAGAACUUGCAAGAAGACAGUCUAGCCAAGCUGUUUAACCAAAUCUAUUUGCCAAUCAUUGAAAUGACACAGAGAUUCAGAUUUUGUGAAAGUAUAGGUAAAUAAAAACGAAGUAAAAUCUUCUCAGUAGAUCAAGGCCCCUUUUUGAAGUUGUCGGAAUGCAAAGCAGAACAACAGU